AUGGACCAUGUGGACCGCCUGCGUGAACAGGGGGCUGAAGAGUCUAUGAAGCGGUCAGCGACUUCAUGUACCGGCAGAGAAAGUGGCACGGAUUUAGCUGCCCAACGUACCGAAGGCCUCAACGGAUCCGCUCUCGCUUUCGGCCCAAUUGCCAUGUCGCAUACAGUGCUCUCGGACACUCGCGAACAAGGCACGGAAGACAUUGUCAAGCUAUCGAGAGCCACGAAACGCAUGCUAGUAAAAGCCAUCAUGCCAUGGAAAGCCAUCAAACCUAUGUAUUGCUUGAUUGACGCCCAACGCAACCGAGAAGACGGACGAAGAUCACGACCCGGUUCAUACCUCGGAGGCAUAACUGCGAUCAAGUCGUAUUGUUGA